GCAGAAUAAUUCACAGAAUUCUUCAAACAAGAUAAAAAUGGAGAUGAUUAUCAGACUGUACUUGCUGCUCAAUGUGGCUUCUUCACUGAUGGCAGUGAUGCACCCGUACUGUGUGAUCAAGAAGGAGGAGGAGUUGUGUGCAGAUAAAAUACAGAAACACGAGGCUGAGAAGUGGAACGAUUCUCUGCCAGGGUGCCCGGGAAUAUGGGAUAACAUAACCUGCUGGAUGCCCGCGGCGGUUGGCGAGGUUGUUUAUGUGCGAUGUCCGGCGUGGUUCAGCAUUAUCGAAUCUGAGUAUGAUUUCGCCCUGACGGACACACAGGUUGAUCCGGAGUCCAUGGAGAGCCCGGAAGAGCUGCAGUCAGAAAUGAUCAGUCGGAACUGCACUGAGGACGGCUGGUCGGAGCCCUUCCCUCAUUAUUCGGAUGCUUGUGGCUUUGACCCUAAUAAGACGGAUGUGAACGAGGACACUUACUUUUUGUCAGUGAAGGCCUUAUACACAGUCGGAUACAGCACGUCCCUCGUGGCUCUGACCACCGCCAUGGUCAUCCUUUGCCGCUUCAGGAAACUCCACUGCACCAGAAACUUCAUCCACAUGAAUCUAUUUGUCUCGUUCAUCCUGAGGGCGAUAUCCGUAUUUAUCAAAGACGAAGUUCUGUAUGCCGAGCUGGACAGCAAUCACUGCCACGUGUCCACCGUGGAAUGUAAAGCUGUGAUGGUGUUUUUUCACUACUGCGUCAUGUCCAACUAUUUCUGGCUCUUCAUCGAAGGCCUUUAUCUCUUCACGCUCCUGGUGGAAACGUUUUUCCCAGAACGAAGAUAUUUCUAUUGGUACACUAUAAUCGGUUGGGGUACUCCGCUGAUAUGUGUGACCAUAUGGGCCGUCUUAAGACUCCAUUUUGAUAACGAGGGGUGCUGGGAAAUGAAUACCAGUGUGGCUCUCUGGUGGGUGAUUAAAGGUCCCGUCAUUGGCUCCAUCAUGAUCAAUUUUGUCCUGUUUGUGGGAAUAAUAAUUAUUUUAGUGCAGAAGCUUCAGUCCCCCGACAUCGGAGGCAAUGAGUCCAGCAUUUACCUCUGCCUUCAGAAAUGCUUCUGUAACAGUAAGAGGGCUGACCACUACUCAUUCAAGAUGUCUGAGCUCUCCAUCGUUACACUGAGGUUGGCCCGCUCCACACUCCUGCUGAUCCCGCUUUUCGGAAUCCAUUACACUGUCUUUGCCUUUUCACCUGAGAAUGUCAGUAAGAGGGAGCGGCUCGUGUUUGAGUUGGGACUGGGAUCCUUCCAGGGAUUUGUUGUUGCUAUUCUCUAUUGCUUCUUGAAUGGAGAGGUGCAAUCAGAAAUAAAGAGAAAAUGGCGGAGCUGGAAAGUCAAUCGGUAUUUUGCUGUGGAUUUCAAACACCGUCAUCCAUCGCUGGCGAGCAGCGGAGUGAACGGGGGGACACAGUUGUCCAUUCUGAGCAAGAGCAGCUCGCAGAUCCGGAUGUCCAGCAUAAAUGCGGAGAACCUGGCGACAUGA